CUCUUCCCUCUUACAAUUCUUAACGUUCCAAUGCAGAAAAAGUACAACCAAACGAUGCACUCAGAAAGACCCAGGUGGGUGAAAAUAUAAAUAAUAAAUUCAUUCCAGUUGCAUGCUCGUCAAGAGUUGUAUGCGGCAAGUGGGAGCUUUCAAAGUUUCAAUUUUUCCGACACCAAGGUUGAUUCAUGCUUCAUGCUUCAUGCUUCUUGCUUCCUGGUUCAGACUUCACUCACUCUCCAACUCCACAAUUCAUACCAAAGCUCCAAACUUUGUAGUUGUUGUUUGAGUAGAAAGAUUGGGUUUCUUGUGAAGCUAUCAUGGACUUGAAAAAGAUUAUAACUUGGGAAGGAGAAAGUGAGGCACAGUUGGUGUGAAAAGAAGAUUAUUAGCAUUGCAAGGAAUGAGCGAGAGAGAGACUGUGAGGGCUUGACUUGGCUGAUGUACUAUAUUUGUGUGUUGUGUUGUGUGUGAAGUGGAAGGGAGACAACAGCGUAUCUGGGAAAAUCGUGAAAAUUCGAUUUAGUUUUGUUAUAGCGAAGAAAAAAAAGUAAACAACAGAAAAGAAAAGUAGCCACACACAAUAAUAAAGGGUAUAAAAAAUAAACAAGUACAUAUAGAGAGAGAGAGAGAGUGAGAGAGAGAGAGAGGCACACACAGAUCAAGACCAAACUGGUUCCAAUUGUUCAUUGUACAUCCACCUUCUUCUCUUUCUUGUACAGACAGAUAAUGAAGAGGGCAGAAAGAUAAGGGAAGGGAGAAGUUGUUGGUGAUGGGUCUUGGUUUGAAGAUGAAGAGCCUGGGGCACCAUCCUGUGACUUCGAAGUUACAUGAGCAAGCAGGGAGCAAUAGAAAGUACACUUUCAUUCAGGCACAUAGGGCAUGGCUUCCCAAGUUUUUGAUGCUGUGGAUCCUUCUCAUGGCUCUAAUUGGUUGUUGCAUCUAUAGUGAAAUGGAUGCUGACACUAAAGUCCGAAGGAAAGAGGUGCUAGGUAGCCUCUGUGAUCAAAGGGCAAGAAUGCUGCAAGAUCAAUUCAGUGUUAGUGUCAACCAUGUCCAUGCCCUUGCCAUCCUUGUUUCAACCUUCCACUACUACAGAACCCCUUCUGCCAUUGACCAGGAAACCUUUGCUGAGUAUACAGCCAGGACAGCAUUUGAACGGCCAUUACUCAGUGGGGUGGCCUAUGCACAAAGAGUUGUUAACUCAGAGAGAGAAACAUUUGAAAAGCAACAUGGAUGGGUUAUAAAGACAAUGGAAAGAGACCCUUCUCAGGUUAGAGACGAGUAUGCACCGGUGAUAUUUGCACAAGAAACUCUCGCUUACCUUGAAUCUCUUGAUAUGAUGUCCGGGGAGGAGGACCGAGAGAAUAUUUUGAGGGCUAGGGCAACUGGGAAAGCUGUUCUCACUAGUCCUUUCAGGCUGUUGGGUUCUCAUCAUCUUGGUGUGGUUUUAACAUUUCCUGUUUAUAAGUCUAAGCUCCCUCCAAAGCCAACGAUGCAAGAGCGCAUUAAAGCAACAGCAGGAUAUGUUGGAGGAUCCUUUGAUGUUGAGACCCUCGUGGAGAAUUUACUUGGUCAACUUGCUGGCAACCAAGCAAUUUUGGUUAACGUAUUUGAUAUCACAAACUCUACGGAUCCCUUAAUCAUGUAUGGCAACCAAAAUGAAGAAGGCGAUAAGUCUCUUAUCCAUGAAAGUAAGCUUGAUUUUGGAGAUCCAUACAGGAAACAUACAAUGAUAUGUAGGUAUCACCAGAAGGCACCAACAAAUUGGAUAGCACUUACCACAGCAUUCUUAUUCUUUGUGAUUCUUUUUUUAGUGGGUUAUAUCUUAUAUGGUGCUGGAAAUCAUAUUGUCAAAGUAGAGGAUGAUUUUCAUGCAAUGGAGGUAUUAAAAGUCCGAGCAGAAGCAGCUGAUGUUGCCAAGUCACAGUUUCUAGCUACUGUCUCUCAUGAAAUUAGAACACCCAUGAAUGGCAUUUUAGGAAUGCUUGGUCUGCUUCUAAAAACAGAAUUGAGUUCAACUCAACUAGAUUAUGCUCAGACUGCUCAAGCAUGUGGGAAGGCUCUGAUAGCAUUAAUAAAUGAGGUGCUUGACCGAGCUAAAAUUGAAGCUGGCAAGUUAGAGUUGGAAGCAGUUCCAUUUGACCUUCGAUCCAUACUUGAUGAUGUCCUUUCUCUUUUUUCUCAGAAGUCUCGGAAAAAAGGUUUAGAGCUGGCAGUGUUUGUUUCUGAUAAAGUUCCAGACAUAGUAAUGGGAGAUCCUGGGAGAUUCAGACAAAUAGUAACAAAUCUUGUUGGCAACUCUGUUAAAUUUACUGAGAGAGGACAUAUAUUUGUGAAAGUCCAUGUAGCUGAAAAAAGGAUGUCCACAAUCAAUGGAAAAAUGGAGACUUUUCUAAAUGGAGGAUCAGAUGAAGUUGUGCAUAUGUCUAGUGGUUACAAUUUCAAAACUUUAAGUGGAUAUGAAGCAGCUGAUGAAAGGAACAUCUGGGAUAAUUUUAAGCAUCUAAUUGCUGAUGAAGAAUUUUUCAUUGAUGCCUCAGUUAAAAAAGUAGCCUCCAAUGAAUAUUCUGAGCAAGUCACCUUGGUAGUCAGUGUAGAGGACACUGGUAUUGGAAUUCCUGUGUCUGCGCAAGAUAGGAUUUUUAUGCCUUUUGUUCAGGCCGAUAGCUCAACUUCUAGACAUUAUGGUGGUACUGGCAUUGGUUUAAGUAUUAGUAAGUGUUUGGUUGAACUAAUGGGUGGUGAGAUAAGUUUCAUAAGCCGCCCGCAGGUUGGGAGCACAUUUUCAUUUACUGCAGAUUUCGGAACGGUUAAGAAAAAUUCAAUAACUGACAUGAAGAAACACAAUUUGGAAGAACUGUCUUCAGGUUAUAGAGGGCUUAAAGCCAUAGUGGUUGAUGGAAAACCUGUUAGAGCAGCUGUUACUGGAUACCAUUUGAAGAGACUAGGGAUACAGGCUAAAGUUGCAAAUAACAUCUAUAAGGCUGUUUCUUUAUGUGGGAAAAAUGGCUCUUUGACUUCGGGAUUAUUUCAGCCGGAUAUUAUUUUUGUUGAGAAAGAUUCAUGGGUUUGUGGAGAGGAUGGGAGCUUCAAUGUGUGGCAACUGGACUGGAAACAGAAUGGACACAUGUUUAAGAUACCUCAAAUGAUCCUUCUUGCGACCAAAAUUGACAAUGCUGAAUAUGAUAAAGUUAAAGCUGCAGGUUUCAGUGAUACUGUGAUCAUGAAGCCUCUAAGAGCUAGCAUGGUGGCUGCUUGUCUUCAGCAAGUUCUGGGAACGGGGAAGAAGAGGCAGCUAGGGGAAGACAUGAAGCCUAAUGGUUCAUCUUUUGUACGAAACUUGCUUUGUGGAAGAAAAAUCUUAGUGGUUGAUGACAAUGUUGUAAACCGGAGGGUCGCUGCAGGUGCAUUGAAAAAUUUUGGAGCUGAUGUCAAAUGUGCUGACAGUGGCAAAGCUGCUCUUGAAAUGCUUCAGUUGCCUCACAGUUUUGAUGCUUGCUUCAUGGAUAUUCAAAUGCCAGAAAUGGACGGGUUUGAAGCAACUCGGCGCAUUCGGACGAUGGAGAGAAGGGCAAAUGAGCAACAGAUAAAUGGUGAAGGAAGUGGCUGGAAAAAUGAGUACCAUAUACCUAUAUUGGCCAUGACAGCUGAUGUAAUUCAGGCAACAUACGAUGAGUGUGUAAAAUGUGGCAUGGACGGGUAUGUAUCAAAGCCUUUUGAGGAAGAGAAUCUGUAUCAAGCAGUUGCAAAGUUUUUCAACCCCAAGCCUUCCUCGGACUCACUACAGAAUGGCACUACUUAAUUCACUACCGGCAUUUUUCAUAGUUUGCUGGUAAUUUUGAUGCAGAAAGUAGGAUCAGUUGGUUUUUAAGAUAUCUGAGGAUAUGCAUGCAUGCAACUUGAUACAGGCAUAUGCAGUGAUCAUUUCUAACCAGCUGAACAUGAUUUCGAUCUCAGUAAAUGUAUACCACUAGCCCCAACUUGUGUACAGAUUCUCCCACGGGAUGAGGAAAAUCAUGUAAAUUCAAUAUUUUUUUAUUUUCCUUUUGCAUCUUGAUACUUCCCUAUGUGAAGGGUUCCACUAUAGUUUCUCUAUUUUUUUCGUCUUAUCCUUUUUUCUGUAAAAUUGUCUCUUAUAAGAUUUGGUUAGUUACUACAUGAAGAAGUAAAAUGAUUGGUGCUUAAUGCCUA